AUGGGUCGCGUUCGUACCAAGACCGUCAAGAAGUCCGCCAAGGUCAUCAUUGAGCGAUACUACCCCAAGCUCACCCUCGACUUCGAGACCAACAAGCGCAUCUGCGAUGAGAUCGCUGUGAUUGCCAGCAAGCGCCUGCGCAACAAGAUUGCCGGCUACACCACCCACUUGAUGAAGCGCAUUCAGCGUGGCCCCGUCCGUGGUAUCUCCUUCAAGCUGCAGGAAGAGGAGCGUGAGAGGAAGGAUCAAUACGUGCCAGAGGUGUCGGCUUUGGACUUCACACAGAACAGCGAGAGCGGCCAGCUCGAUGUGGACCAGGAGACCAAGGAUCUAUUGAAGUCGUUGGGCUUCGACAGCAUCCCAGUCAACGUCGUGGCUGUUCAACAGCAGCAGGUUGCCGAGCGCCCUCGCCGCUUCGGCGACCGCAACCCACGCGUCUAA